CGGGAUCGGAGUCGAUAAAAGUAAUAUAGUAUAUUUUGUCGCAGCCGUGGUUUUCUUCCUUCGUGGGUAGCUGUACUGAUGCCUAAGACAAGGUCGUCGCAGUGGCUGGCUCGGUAGUUGAUCGUGUUUCCCGAAUGGAUCGAAUAUGUCCAUCAAGCUGACUAGUCCUCGAGAUGAUCCUGGCGACACGCUCCCCAGUCAUCGGACGAACCCUUCGCAUCAUGUCGCUGUUCCGGAGUCAAAGGACAGAUCAUUCCUGAGCGCUUACAAGGGCUUCGUCGCGGGUAUUUUCAGUGGCAUUGCCAAACUGUCUGUCGGCCAUCCUUUCGACACGAUCAAAGUACGCCUGCAGACCUCGGAGAAGUCACAUUUCAGGGGUCCAUGGGAUUGCCUGGUGCAGACGAUCAAAAAGGAGGGACCUCAGGGAUUAUACAAAGGUGCCACCCCUCCGCUGUUGGGAUGGAUGGCCAUGGACUCUGUCAUGCUGGGCAGCUUGACCCUGUACAGAAGGAUGCUGCACGAAAAAGUCUUUUCAAAUCCAUCUUUUCGGCCUGGGAAAUCCGCUGCGGAGUUGGCAAGUGAGAAAUUGCCAGCUUUUGGACACGGGAUUGCGGGCAUCAUGGCAGGCUCUACGGUCUCCUUCAUCGCCGCCCCGGUCGAACACGUCAAGGCUCGGCUGCAGAUACAAUAUGCCGCGCAGAAGAAGGAUCGGCUAUACAAAGGUCCGAUUGAUUGCACCAGGAAGAUUCUGAAGACUCAUGGGAUCCGUGGCUUGUAUCAUGGCUUGUUCGCAACCUUGCUGUUUCGGUCCUUCUUCUUUUGCUGGUGGAGUUCCUACGAGGUAUUCUCAAACAUGUUCAGGAAACAUACGUCUUUAUCAACGCCUUCUAUCAAUUUCUGGGCAGGUGGUUUGUCUGCUCAGAUCUUCUGGCUUACGUCGUAUCCGUCCGAUGUCGUCAAGCAGCGGAUCAUGACAGAUCCUUUGGGAGGAAAGUUGAAUGACGGCACACCUCGAUUCAGGCGCUGGAGGGAUGCUGCCGUCACCGUGUACAGGGAGUCUGGGUGGAAGGGAUACUGGAGAGGUUUUGUACCUUGUUUCCUGAGGGCAUUCCCUGCCAACGCCAUGGCGUUGGUAGCCUUUGAAGGCGUGAUGCGCGCCCUACCUGAAUAGAUUGUUGAAGCCGCCUCCCCUACGCGAUAGGUAUUACGCAAUCUCACCUCUACAUUACGCACAAGGCUAUACUUGGUACUUAACACUGGAGUGCUCCCCAAUCGUCAUUCGCUAU